CUUUGCUGUCUUCGUAUCCUAGAUAAUUGUGUAGUUUAGAGUGGAUGACGGAUCACCACCUCAAGCUGAACCUCGGCAAGACGGAGCUGCUCUUCCUCCCGGGGAAGGACUGCCCGUUCCAUGAUCUCGCCAUCACGGUUGACAACUCCAUUGUGUCCUCCUCCCAGAGCGCUAAGAACCUUGGCGUGAUCCUGGACAACACCCUGUCGUUCUCAACUAACAUCAAGGCGGUGGCCCGUUCCUGUAGGUUCAUGCUCUACAACAUCCGCAGAGUACGACCCUGCCUCACACAGGAAGCGGCGCAGGUCCUAAUCCAGGCACUUGUCAUCUCCCGUCUGGAUUACUGCAACUCGCUGUUGGCUGGGCUCCCUGCCUGUGCCAUUAAACCCCUACAACUCAUCCAGAACGCCGCAGCCCGUCUGGUGUUCAACCUUCCCAAGUUCUCUCACGUCACCCCGCUCCUCUGCUCUCUCCACUGGCUUCCAGUUGAAGCUCGCAUCCGCUACAAGACCAUGGUGCUUGCCUACGGAGCUGUGAGGGGAACGGCACCUCAGUACCUCCAGGCUCUGAUCAGGCCCUACAUCCAAACAAGGGCACUGCGUUCAUCCACCUCUGGCCUGCUCGCCUCCCUACCACUGAGGAAGUACAGUUCCCGCUCAGCCCAGUCAAAACUGUUUGCUGCUCUGGCCCCCCAAUGGUGGAACAAACUCCCUCACGACGCCAGGACAGCGGAGUCAAUCACCACCUUCCGGAGACACCUGAAACCCCACCUCUUUAAGGAAUACCUAGGAUAGGAUAAAGUAGUCCUUCUCAACCCCCCCCCCCCCUUAAAAGAUUUAGAUGCACUAUUGUAAAGUGGCUGUUCCACUGGAUGUCAUAAGGUGAAUGCACCAAUUAGUAAGUCGCUCUGGAUAAGAGCGUCUGCUAAAUGACUUAAAUGUAAAUGUAAAUGCUAUUGAAGGUGAGGUGUAGGCUAACUCUUAGGCUAUUGAAGGUGAGGUGUAGGCUAACUCUUAGGCUAUUGAAGGUGAGGUGUAGGCUAACUCUUAGGCUAUUGAAGGUGAGGUGUAGGCUAACUCUUAGGCUAUUGAAGGUGAGGUGUAGGCUAACUCUUAGGC